GCGAGUCCAAAUCGCGUGCGCCUGCGCCGAUCCCGAAGGGACGGCCCGCACCUCCCGCGGGGCGGGGCUGUGGAUUUCGCGUCGAACACCGCCUUCCUGCCCCGCCUUUCCCCGUACCGGCCCGCCCCUCCUUCCUGGAGGCACAGCCGAAGCCGUGGCGGCAGGGACAGAAGCAGAGGCGGCGGUGGCGGCCCGGCGGGGGGGCGCCGAGUGGCCGGCGCGACACGCGCGGACUCGGACCCUAUGAGGUGAUUAGUGCGGCGCAGGCGCCUCCUGCCCCGCCGGCGGGGCCCGGGUUUCCCGCGGCGGGAUGUUCUCCCGAAGGAGCCACGGAGACGUGAAGAAGUCCACCCAGAAGGUGCUGGACCCCAAGAAGGACGUGCUGACGCGCCUGAAGCACCUGCGGGCGCUGCUGGAUAAUGUGGAUGCAAGUGAUCUUAAACAGUUUUUUGAGACCAACUAUUCUCAGAUAUAUUUCAUCUUCUAUGAAAAUUUUAUAACACUGGAAAAUAGUUUGAAAUUAAAAGGGAAUAAUAAGUCACAAAGGGAGGAGCUGGACUCCAUACUCUUUCUUUUUGAAAAAAUACUGCAAUUUCUACCUGAACGAAUUUUCUUUCGAUGGCAUUACCAGAGUAUAGGCUCAACUUUAAAGAAGCUUCUACACACUGGAAAUUCUGUUAAGAUAAGAUGUGAAGGAAUCAGGCUGUUUCUUCUGUGGCUUCAAGCACUUCAGACAAACUGUGCAGAAGAGCAGGUGCUGAUUUUUGCUUGCCUCGUGCCUGGUUUCCCAGCGAUCAUGUCGUCCAGAGGGCCCUGUACACUGGAGACACUCAUCAAUCCUAGCCCUGGUGUGGCUGAUGCAAAGAUAUAUCCAGAAGAAAUCACCCCGCUCCUGCCAGCCAUAUCAGGGGAAAAGAUCGCUGAGGACCAAACAUGCUUUUUUCUUCAAAUAUUGUUGAAAUAUAUGGUUAUUCAGGCUGCAAGCUUGGAGUGGAAGAAUAAGGAGAAUCAAGAUACUGGUUUUAAAUUUCUUUUUACAUUGUUUCGAAAGUAUUAUCUUCCUCAUUUAUUUCCAUCAUUUACUAAGUUAACAAACAUCUACAAACCUGUACUUGACAUCCCUCAUUUGAGACCAAAGCCAGUGUACAUUACUACAACUCGAGACAAUGAAAACAUUUACAGUACAAAAAUUCCAUACAUGGCAGCUCGUGUUGUUUUUAUUAAAUGGAUUGUAACUUUCUUUUUGGAAAAGAAGUAUCUAACUACUACCCAAAACACUAAAAAUGGAGUUGAUGUACUGCCCAAAAUCAUACAGACUGUUGGUGGUGGUGUGGGGCAAGAGAGGGUGCCGGAGCUGGAUGGUGGCUGUCCCACAGAGCAAGACAAAAACCAUUCCAACAGCAGCACCUUGUCGGACCGAAGACUCAGCAACUCCAGCCUUUGUAGCAUUGAAGAAGAGCACCGAACUGUGUAUGAAAUGGUGCAGCGGAUUCUCUUGUCAACGCGAGGUUAUGUCAACUUUGUGAACGAAGUCUUUCGUCAGGCAUUUUUAUUGCCUUCGUGUGACAUCGCUGUAACAAGGAAGGUAGUUCAAGUGUAUAGGAAGUGGAUCCUCCAGGACAAACCUGUGUUCAUGGAAGAACCAGAUAAAAAAGAAGCUGCCCAAGAAGAUGCCGAAAAAUUAGGAUUCUCAGAGACUGACAGCAAAGAGACCUCAUCUGAAGGUUCUCGUCAUAAGCGGUCUUCCAGUUGGGGACGAACAUACUCCUUCACGAGUGCAGUGAGCAGAGGAUGUGUGACAGAAGAAGAAAAUAAGAACGUGAAAGCUGGGGCCCAAGCUAUGCUGCAGGUAUUUUUGACAAAUGCAGCAAACGUCUUUUUGCUGGAACCAUGUCCUGAAGUUCCCAUGCUCUUGAAAGAACAAGUUGAUGCCUGUAAAGCUGUUUUGAUUAUUUUUAGGCGCAUGAUAAUGGAGCUUACAAUGAAUAAAAAGACAUGGGAACAGAUGUUGCAAAUACUACUCAGGAUAACAGAAGCUGUCAUGCAGAAGCCAAAGGAUAAACAAAUAAAGGACUUGUUUGCCCAGAGCUUGGCAGGGUUGUUGUUUAGGACGCUCAUGGUGGCAUGGAUCCGAGCAAACCUCUGUGUGUACAUUUCUCGAGAGCUCUGGGAUGACUUUCUUGGUGUGCUGUCCUCCCUCACGGAAUGGGAAGAACUGAUAAAUGAGUGGGCCAACAUCAUGGAUUCCUUGACAGCAGUGCUUGCAAGAACUGUUUACGGAGUUGAGAUGACAAACCUACCUCUGGACAAACUAAGUGAACAAAAGGAAAAGAAGCAGCGAGGCAAAGGCUGUGUUCUAGAUUCUCAGAAAGGAACUACUGUGGGGAGAUCCUUUUCUCUCAGCUGGCGGAGCCACCCAGAUGUGACCGAGCCAAUGCGAUCCAGGAGUGCCACCACAUCUGGGGCACCAGGAGUUGAGAAAGCAAGAAAUAUCGUUCGUCAGAAAGCAACCGCUAAGCGAAGCCAGUCUAUCAGCAACUGUGUCCACCUUUCUGAGGCUUUGCCUGCCACUAAAAGCGUCCCGCUCCUCCUUCACACCGUGAGCGCUCUCUUACCUGGUCUCUCUUACUCCUCUUGCUCUCACAGGCUGUCAGAGGUGGAAGAAUGUCAGCAGUCAGAAAAUGCACCUGCAGCUGAAUCGGGCUGUCUGGCAGUGGAGCAGCAGCACCUCACGAGGAGUAGCAGCACACCUGACGUCACUGAGCCGCUGUGCUCAGAUUCUCCUCAGGAGUCCAAGGCUAUUCAAGAAAAUAAAGGACAUGUGAAGAAAGAACAUGAAGGAAUAACAAUCUUAGUUCGAAGAAGCAGCAGCCCUGCUGAAUUGGAUUUAAAAGAUGAUUUGCAGCAGACACAAGGAAAAUGUAAGGAAAGACAGAAGACUAUUUGUAUCUCAGACUUCGGUUCUUCCAUUGUGCCAGGUGAAAGUAUCAGUAGUGACACAGCUCUGGGCUAUAACAAUGAGGCAGAGCUGUCCAUGAGCCCAUGGCCAACCUGUGAGGAAGACCCAGAACUGAAUACUCCCACAGAUGCUGUGACUGACUCCGAUGCCCGCCAUUGGUUACAGCUGAGUCCCACUGAUGCUUCGAACUUAACAGAUAGCAGUGAGUGCCUUGCCGAUGACUGUAGUAUAAUUGCUGGAGGGAACCUCACUGGUUGGCACCCAGACUCUGCUGCUGUAUUAUGGCGAAGAAUCUUGGGAAUCCUCGGGGACGUGAACAAUAUCCAGUCACCCAAGAUUCAUGCCAAAGUGUUUGGGUAUCUCUAUGAGCUCUGGUACAAACUAGCAAAGAUACGGGAUAAUCUGGCAAUAAGCCUAGAUAACCAGUCUUCUCCUUCUCCACCGGUCCUGAUCCCACCACUCAGAAUGUUUGCAUCAUGGCUAUUUAAGGCGACGAUGUUGCCAAAUGAAUACAAGGAAGGGAAACUGCAAGCCUACAGACUGAUCUGUGCCAUGAUGACCAGACGCCAGGAUGUUCUGCCAAACUCGGACUUCCUGGUGCAUUUUUACCUUGUGAUGCACCUGGGAUUAACCAGCGAGGAUCAGGAUAUCUUAAACACCAUUAUAAGGCACUGUCCACCCCGCUUCUUCUCCCUGGGUUUGCCUGGCUUCUCAAUGUUGGUGGGGGACUUCAUCACGGCCGCUGCCAGGGUCCUUAGUACAGACACGCCGGCGACACCUCAUUCAGAAGCUCUCACCAUUCUUGGUUCUCUAGUCUGCUUUCCAAAUACCUACCGGGAGAUCCCUUUACUGCAGUAUGUGCCGGAAGUCAGGGAAGUCAUCACAGGAACUGAAGAUGUCAAGCAUUACCUCAUAAAUAUUUUACUGAAGAAUGCCACAGAGGAACCAAAUGAAUGUGCAAGGUGCAUUGCCAUUUGCUCCCUCGGAGUCUGGAUAUGCGAAGAACUGGCACAGUGUACAAACCAUCCGCAGCUGAAAGAGGCCGUCAAUGUGAUAGGUGUCACUUUGAAGUUUUCUAACAAAAUCGUCGCUCAGGUGGCCUGUGAUGUUCUUCAGUUGCUGGUUUCCUACUGGGAAAAGCUUCAGAUGUUUGAAACCUCUCUGCCUCGGAAAAUUGCAGAAAUCCUUGUGGCCACAAUUGCUUUUCUUUUACCAAGUGCAGAGUACUCCUCAGUGGAAACAGAUAAAAAGUUUAUUGUGUCCUUGCUACUCUGCCUCUUGGACUGGUGCAUGGCAUUGCCAGUGAGCACCCUCCUCCACCCAGUGUCCACAGCGGCCCUGGAAGAGCAGCACUCGUCGAGAGCCCCUUUGCUGGAUUAUAUCUAUAGGGUUCUGCACUGCUGUGUUUGUGGCUCAAGCACAUACACCCAACAGAGUCACUACACACUGACCCUGGCUGACCUGUCCUCCCCGGAUUACGACCCUUUCCUGCCACUGGCAAAUGUGAAGAAUUCGGAGCCAGUCCAGUAUCAUUCUUCAGCAGAUUUGGGAAACCUGCUCACAGUUGAAGAGGAGCGGAAAAGGAGGAGUUUGGAGCUGAUCCCCCUGACUGCCCGCAUGGUGAUGGCCCACCUGGUGAACCACCUGGGACACUUCCCGCUGUGUGGGGGCCCCGCCGUGCUGCACAGCCUGGUCAGUGAGAACCAUGACAACGCACACGCCGAGGCCCCCGAGCUGUCUUCCGAGGUGUUCCGGAGCCCAAACCUUCAGCUCUUUGUGCUGAAUGACAGCACCCUCAUCUCCUACCUUCAGACACCCUCAGAAGGGCCAGCAGGUGGCUCACGGGGGGGGGCUUUGUCAGACGUCAGAGUAAUCGUUCGGGAUAUCUCAGGGAAGUACUCUUGGGACGGGAAGGUUUUGUAUGGACCAUUGGAAGGCUGCUUAGCACCCAGCAGCAGAAAUCCUGCAUUUCUGAUUUCGGGCUGGCAACCUCAAGCUUUGGGAGCUCAGAAGGAUUUUUCUCAAAUUGAGGAGGGAGAUGAUGUCCUCGACAAAUUACUUGAAAACAUUGGCCACACAAGUCCCGAAUGCCUUUUACCAUCACAGCUAAAUCUAAAUGAGCCCUCCCCACCCCCACGGGGAAUGAACCGUGACCAGGAGAAGGAAAUCAUUGAGGUCAUUUUGCGCCAGAAUGCCCAAGAAGACAACUACAUCCAGAGGUGUAACUCUGACUCAGCCAUGAAGAUCACCAGCCAGGAGCAGCCCUCACCAGUAGAGCCACGAGGACCCUUUUAUUUCUGCAGGUUGUUGCUUGAUGACUUGGGGAUGAAUUCUUGGGACAGAAGAAAAAAUUUCCAUCUGUUGAAGAAAAAUUCCAAACUAUUGAGAGAGCUAAAAAAUCUGGACUCCCGUCAGUGCCGUGAAACGCACAAAAUUGCAGUGUUUUACAUUGCUGAAGGUCAAGAAGACAAGUGUUCAAUCCUCUCUAAUGAAAGAGGAAGCCAAGCAUACGAAGACUUUGUUGCCGGACUUGGAUGGGAGGUGGAUCUCUCAACCCACUGUGGGUUCAUGGGCGGACUUCAACGCAAUGGCAGCACAGGGCAGACUGCCCCUUACUAUGCUACCUCGACUGUGGAAGUGAUUUUCCACGUUUCAACUCGGAUGCCAUCAGACUCAGAUGAUUCACUCACCAAAAAGCUCCGUCACUUGGGGAAUGACGAGGUCCACAUUGUCUGGUCUGAACACUCCAGGGACUACCGCAGGGGAAUUAUCCCGACUGCCUUCGGAGACGUUUCAAUCAUUAUUUACCCAGUGAAGAAUCACAUGUUCUUUAUCGCGAUCACGAAGAAACCCGAGGUUCCGUUUUUUGGGCCUCUGUUUGAUGGAGCCAUAGUGAGUGGAAAGUUGCUGCCAAGCCUUAUAUGUGCCACAUGCAUCAAUGCCAGCAGGGCCGUGAAGUGCCUCAUCCCACUCUACCAGAGCUUCUACGAAGAACGAGCUCUGUACCUCGAAGCAAUAAUUCAGAACCACCGAGAAGUCAUGACGUUUGAGGAUUUUGCCGCCCAAGUCUUUUCUCCCUCACCCAGCCCCUCCCUCGGCGGAACGGAUUAAAAUAUGUCAAGAUCUCAUUGCGAUGUUUGAGCAAGGGCCCUGGCCGCCAGCCUGAGUGCCUACUCAUGGCGCCUCUUGGCAAGGAGGAGAUCAAUGAGACGCCCCCUUCCCCCACCCCGAACCCCCAAACACAGAGACUCCGGGAAACAUGACUGCUCUGCUGGUGUCCUCGACACAUCUUCCCAUUAACGGGCUUCCGAAGUUAAAGGGGAACCCCACCAGAAUGUCGCGGGCUGGACUUUCUCACCGGGCCGUGUCGUCUUGCCCUAGAACCUCACGAAACUUGAGCUUCCAAAGAAGAAGAGGGGAAGGUCGCCAACAACCAGAGACAGACCCGCUCUCGUGGGCAUUGAUGCCACUGCUCCCGGCUGGGAUGACAGGAGAAGAUUCUGGGCUUUUGGGAAGGGGUGGAGAGCAACUGGUUUCUAUACCCCGAGUUGUUUAUAAACCCAAGCAAGAUUCACAGAAGGGCUGGCAAAACAGCUGUUAAACUGAGGAAUUUUCUCUGCAUUGAUUUCACUAGGUCUUAAUGUUAGGAUUUAUGGUUUACUCAAAAAUUUCAUCAUCAUGGAAAUUGGCUUUCCCCAGGGCCUUUGGCCCAGGAGAAGUUUUAUCUGAGUUGCUGAGUGUUUUCCACCUGGUGCCUGAUGCCCACUAACUGGGAAGAGGUUUUUCCAGCCAUCCUGGAGGAAACAGAGUCCUAUCCCUAUGAAAGCACCUGUAGGUCAGGAAGCUUCCAGGGCCCAGCUCAGCACAGCCCCCACAUCAACACACAGGAGCACACCAACCCAGAAGCUAGAGUGAGACAGUCCCCCCAACCCCUGUGAUGUCCCUCUGCCUCCAGAAGCUUUGCCCUGCAGUUGUGCUCUCCUGUCCACUGCUGGGGGAGGGCCAUGGCACAAAUGGGGGCUUUCUACCCCUUUGAUUCCAAGAAAGCCAUGUUGAAUCUGUUUAAAAAGAAGAAAAAGAAAUGAAAAGCCCGAACUUCCAGCUGUGCUUGGCCAGCAUCCUUGCUGGGUGUCUGAGGGUGUCAGUGACAGGAACUUCAGUUAGGAAGAGCUCUCUGGCCCUCUGCCUCUCACCUAGGCCUGCAGCCCAUCUCCAGAAGGGAUGGGUGGGCAGCACAUAGAACACAGGCACUAGGAACCCAAGAAAGAUCGGUCCCUGAAAGGGUGCUUCCCUGCCUCCCUUAACUCUCUGCCUCUCUGCUCUGUGCCCACUUAUGUGUCCCCCCUGGCAGCUUUGGUCCCCUUCCUGGUGAGUCCGCUGAGCCCUCUCAGUCCAUCAGAGUGGCCGUUUUCACUGACCAGUCACUUCUUUCCAUCCACCGUUGCGUUGUUUUGGCUGGUACCUGACCCUUGCUGGAGAGAAACAAGCAGACCCAGGAGCCAGGCUUGCUUACGGGACAAUUGAGGAAGGAUCGAGAAAUUCCUAGGGAAGGAUAGACCUUCUAAGUCUAGAGAGAACUUGUUUUUCAGCUUUAGAGAGGACUGCAGGUAGGGCAUGAGGCCCAGACUCACAGACAGAGUGUCUUGCGGGUUACCCGAACCUGAAAGAAAGAGAAGUAAGCCUUAGUCACUUUGGGCUGUUCGGUAAAUGGGCCCAGUUGGUUGGCUCACUGGGGGCUUCGUGGCAUGAAGUCACGAAUGUCACAGCAUUUUCUGUUGUGUCAGCAAAUGCCACGAUUCUUAUCUUCUCCGCCCCUGCCCCAGCCGCCCACCCCUAUCUUUUUAAUAAUUUGGACUUUCGGGUCUGCACAGUUUGUCCGCUGUCGCUCAGACUCCAGACUCGUGUUGAGUUGCUCCACUGGAUAUUUACAAAGUGCAGACCUCAUUCCUGUAGGGGAGCACAUCACCCGUACCUGGGAUCCAGAGUCCCAGGCAGGCUCUGACAGCCAGUAGCUUCUGGGAGGACAUUUCAUUUCCAGGCUCUAGAAAUCCCCUGUGGCAGAAGUCGCACUGAACUUCCCUAUUUCAUGAUUCCAUUUAAUCUCCCAGAACCAGUCCUCCUAUCCUGCAAAUGGGAAAUUAAGUUGUAGGCAGCAAAUACCUAGACCUUUCCUGUCAUUCCUACUGAUUUUAACAUCCCUAAGAGCCGUGGUUUGGGGACUGGAGCUGCUUCUGAGCCCACUGCUGUCAGCAGCAGCGGUGGUGUGGAAUAGGGAAACAGGAAACCUAGCAGCCAGGUUUGCUUACAAUCACGUGGACCUGAAUCAUUUUUGUUAUUUGGGGUGGAAAAUUGAGAUGAUCAAGUUCUUUUUUUUUUUUUCUUCACUUAGAAAAGCAAAUAUUGUGCUUUUUGCAAUAAAUGCCUUUCCAGCAAAAUUAUCGAGGGUCACUCAUCCGGGGGGGACCCACCUGAGUCCCAGUGCUGACUCGUCACAUUAGUAGGUCAGCCAUCUGUGAGCAAAAGUGGCCCUAAUCAGCCCCAAAUGGGUAAGAUUUGCUGGAUCUUGGGCAGGGCCAAGCCUGUCCCCCCACUUCUCUUCACACUGAUCUCUGCACACACUGAUUUCCGUCCAAAGCAAAGCUAAUGUCCCAUAGCCUUACUAAGAAGGUUUUUGUACUUUAAAAAAACAAAACGAUGACUUCUUAAAAAUAGUAAAAUCUGAAGUAGUAGACAGUAGUAAGGAAAUUUCGCUUGGGUAAGUGACUGUCAUGGUGUCUUCAUGCAGUGACGGCUGCAGUUUGCUAAAAGCCAAGGGAGGAAGGGGAGGCAAGUCUUGUCUUCACAAGAGGGGCUGACGGACGGGACCCCCAGCCUUCUGAACAAGAGAUCACUCAGAUCCACAGACCAUGCAAAUCACGUCUUCCUGACCUUCCUCCCAGUGUGGCAGCCUGCGCUUCCCUUCCAGGUCCAUCUGUAUCGUCUGGAAGCUGGAGCUCAACUUACUGUGACGUCUCACAUGGGACUGCGUCGUGUCUGUAUCUACUGGAGGGAAAUUCGACAUGAAACAACCACUGUUCUAGCUGCACUCAGUACCUGUGUAUGAUAUACACAUUAAGUGAAUGUUUUCUUAUGAGUUCAGGUCGACAACAUUUAGUUUAUGUAAAUAAGAAAGAGAAACCGAUAAAUAUGGGGAAUUAAGUUAUAGGAUGUCAUUUGCUCUUUAUUUUGCUCUCUCUUAUUUAAUUUGCCUCAUGCCCCACAUCUGGGUUCAGGCCUCGGUGGGCUGGACCCCUUCAUACAGUCCGCCCUUGCAGGCGUGUGCCUACCCGGAAAAGCACACAGCUCCGCUGAUGACUGCCGCUCGACUUUCCAGUCUACCCACCUCUCUUUCAUUCUGAUUUACUGUGAUGAUUUAAUAAAGUAGAAACACAGCACUUAGGUGCAUGUUUCUUUCGUUUUCAUUAUAGUUUCUAGGAAAAUAAAGUUUAUCCUGGCAUCUCACAAA